AUGGCUCCUCCGAAGGGGGGCUAUGCCCCCAGCUUGGGCAAGUUCCUUGAUACCCUCAAAAGCCGACCAGUCAACGCUUCAGUGGAAUCCCUCAUAUCACUCUUGAAGAGACGGCAAAUCAACGGCUCCGAAGCCUGUGCCAUUGCGACUGCCCACAUCCUCCUCCAAGUCGUAGCGAAGGAUAAGUGGUCCGACGUGAACGAGCUGCUGGGGCGCAUCCAGUUGGUCGGCAAGAAGCUUGUCGCAUCACAACCCCGCGAGCUGGUUAUUGCGAAUAUCGUACGCAGAGUUCUGGGAUUGAUACGCGAUGAGGCCUCAGAAGACAGGAACGACAACCCGAGCGACUCGUCCCCAGAUCACCGCGACCCGAUGAAUUCUCCUCUACCUCCGGCAGCAAGUGAGGCAAGCUCUCCCACAAGGCCAGUGCGGCCUCCUGGCGCAUUGGCCCAGCUUGGGUCUUUUGCUCGCACCCAGUCGAUGUUUAACCUCCUUUCCGACCCCGAUUUCACAUCGCCUCCAUGGUCGAAUGCGUCGACUCCUGGCGCGACACCUGGAAUUGCUUCAGGUGCAUCAACACCGUUGGCACAUGGGCAGACUACAGACGUACAUGCGUUUCGAUCUGAAGUCAUCGACGGAAUCGAGGAGAUCAUGGAUGAGAUCAAGCAGGUAGACGAGCAGGUCCAGGCAAUUUCCGAGAUCAUCAUUCACCCUGGAGACUAUAUACUUGUCCAUCAACCAUCCAGAACGGUUCAGAAGUUCCUCACUCGCGCUGCUUCCAAGAGGAAGUUCACCGUCUUUCUCGUAGUCGACCCAUCUACGACAUCGGCCGCCGAUGAUGCGUAUGCGCCCUUCCGGAAGUCCAUGGCAUCAAGUGGAUCGAUCGUGGUCACCGUGAUGAAUGUUGGCCUCAUGGCUUAUAUGUCGAAAGCCAACAAAGUCAUCUUGGGGGCCAGGGCGAUAACCGCUAAAGGCGGUGUCAUAGUUGACGCCGGCGCUGCGGCGAUCGCGCGAGCCGCACGAGCGCAGGGAAGGGCAGUCGUCAUCCUCGGUGGCGUGUACAAGAUCAGUUCGGAGAACAAGUUUCAACAAGAAGAACUCAUCGAAUGGGGAGAUCCCUCCAAGUAUGUCAACUUUGCGGACGGCGCGAUGGUGUCGCAGGUCAAAGUGAAGAGCGCGGUGUCUGAGUUCAUCCCCGGGGGCGAUAUCGACACCUAUAUCACGAACCUCGGCGCGCAUACACGCGAUCAUCUGCACACGAUUCUUACGGAUCAUUACAAGGAGGAGGACAUGAGUUUUGAUAUCUAUGGAAAAGGUCAAAGGUGA